UCAGUUUAGGUCAGAAAACGUAAAAUACACUGGGCAGAUGAAAUUGUGCAUCCACUGUUGAGAAAGCGAACCCGGAAGCUUCCCAUCCUUCCCAGUCCCACUACACUGCCGCCGGAAGGAGACGAACCACAAAACCCUGACCUGACCCUCCCCGUCGACCUCAUCCGCCGCCGCCGCCGCCGGAGGAGGAGGAGAUGGACUUCCAGGUCGUCGUCCUCGCCGGAGGCACCUCCGAGAAGCUCUCGCCCCUCGUCUCCAAGGACGUUCCCAAGGCCCUCCUCCCCGUCGCCAACCGCCCCGCGAUCUCCUACGUGCUCGAUCUCCUCGAGUCCAGCGACCUCAAGGACAUCAUCGUGGUUAGCAAGCGACCGAGCUCUUCUAUUUCUGCUCUGCCUCCGCUCCGUAGCUGGGCGCUACCAUUGGCUAAUGCGCCUGUGCGUUUGCUGCAGGUGGUGGAGGGGCAAGAGGCGGCCCGCCUCGUCGGCGCGUGGAUCUCUAGUGCUUACCUGGACCGCCUCGUCGUGGAGGUAGUUGCAGUUACUGAGGACAUUGGAACUGCUGGUGCAUUACGAGCUAUUUCAAAGAGACUGGUCGCAAAUGAUGUUUUGGUGAUUAGCGGCGACCUAGUAACUGAUGUACUUCCUGGGGCUGUUGCUGCUACCCAUAGAAGAAAUGGUGCAGCUGUUACUGCUUUACUAUGUUCUGUUCCUGUUAGUGGUCCUUCAGAUGCUGCUUCUUCGGGAGGGAAAGAUAAGGCUAAAAAACCAUGUCGACUGAACAUAGUUGGGCUAGACAUAACAAGACAAUUCUUGUUGCAUGUUGUAUCAGGAACUGAUGUUGAAAAGGAUGUUCGAGUUUAUAAGAGAAAAAUUCGAGCUGUAGGUCAGAUGGAAAUUCGAAGUGACCUGAUGGAUGCUCAUCUUUAUGCCUUUAAUAGGUUCUUCUAUUUUCUUUUAAAUGUUUCAUAUCCCAUCUCUUUACAAGCGGUCCUUGCUCAGCAAUCUUUUGAUACUGUUGAUCACAGGACAACAUUGCAGGAUGUACUGGAACAGAAAGAAACAUACCGUAGCAUCAGACUUGAAGUACUCCCAUAUUUAGUGAAGAGCCAGUUGAGGUCAGCUCCAUCAGGCGGUGAAGGAACAAUAGUUGAUGAAACUGGGAAUGUUGUAGUUCCGCCCAGCAGCAAUUUACAGUGCUUGUCACAACAUCGCGCAAUUGCACCAUCUGCUUUCAAGCAAGAUUUAUUACCAAGUUCAGGCGGCGGAACACAUAGGUGCUGUGUUUAUAUUGCUAGUAAAAACAAGUACUGUCACCGUUUGAACUCCAUUCAGGCGUACUGUGAUAUCAAUCGAGAUGUUAUAGGGGAAGCUAGUCACCUAUCUGGUUAUUCCUUCUCUUCACAUAAUAACAUCAUCCACCCAUCGUGUGUGCUUGGAUCGAAGACUACAGUCGGGCCACAGUGCAUGCUUGCUGAGGGUUCACAGUUAGGUGACAAAUGUGGUGUCAAGCGAUCUGUGAUUGGCCGUCAUUGUCGUAUCGGUUCGAAUGUGAAGAUUGUCAACUCUGUUGUCAUGAACCAUGUGGUUAUUGAAGAUGGCUGUCACAUCCAAGGUUCUGUUGUAUGUAAUAAUGUGCAACUUCAAGAGCGUGCCGUUCUGAAAGAUUGCCAGGUUGGAGCUGGUUAUACUGUGACUACUGGUAGUGAUCACAAGUCAGAAUCCCUGGCGAGAAAGUAGAGCACAUUUUGAUUGUUUUGCGGUGGACUUGAGCACAUGUGCGUAUCAGAUGCACCCCUAGGAGUAAAGAAAGGGGAUACAGUUCUGUUUUGAGAUUUCUUUUCUUGCAGUUUCUCGUUUGAGAUAUGAUAGCAGAAUUUUGGUUCCAGUAACAUUCUGAAAAUUUAUCGUGUUCUGAAUGUGAACUGCAGUUAGUGAGAUGGUUUCAUGGAGUGGCUCCUUUUUAUCUCGAGAUGGAUUCAUGGCACGUCUUGGAUCAAUGGCUUGCUUGGAUCAAUCAUUCUACCUGCUGUCAAAAAGUAAAGAAAAAGGGUAGUCAUGCAAUCUGUUUCGCCUACAUGUGGUUGCUGCCUUGAGCUGGUUUGCGAGUAAUGCUUCCCGCGCUAAAUGUUUGUUUUCCGAAUGGCCAAAACCGUGUUAAUUGAAACUACCCCCAAAGUAUAAGGAGUAGUAUUAAUGUGCACUUUCGGACAGGGAUCAAAUGACACAACAAUUAUAUGUCCCAUAUCUUAUGGAGGUGUUUUGGUUCGUGUUUUUA